AUGGAUGGGCUCGGCCUCCUCGUCCUGCUCACCGUGGCCGGGCUGGCCCACAGCAUACAGUACCCCUGCGGAGGGAGCUGCGGGCUCCGAGCUCCGCCACCUGUCUACAGCCCCAUAAUUUAUUCCUAUGGCAAUGUGGCUUAUGACUACGGCUUGACACGCAUCGUGGGUGGCGCAGAUGCCAUGGAAGCAUCCUGGCCCUGGAUGGUCAGCAUCCAACAACACUGGGGAGGACUGAUUAAGCAUUGGUGUGGAGGGUCUCUCAUCACUGCAGACUGGGUCCUCACAGCAGCUCACUGCUUCGACAAGAUUGAGAACAUCAGCUCGCUUUAUAUGGUGAUUGGAGCCACCAAGUUAAAUCAGCCGGGCCCUGGGGCCGUAGUGCGCACUAUCAAGAACUUGGUGAUACACCGGCAAUACAAGCGUAUCGACUAUAGAUACGAUAUUGCCCUGAUAGAAUUGGACCAACCUGUCCAGUGCAGCCCCUACAUCCAGCUGGCCUGUGUGGCUCACCCCACCCUACAAAUCUCGGAGCUCAACAACUGCUGGAUUGCUGGAUGGGGUGUCACUAGCAAAAGAUCUCAGAUGAAAGGUGCUCACCUGCAGGAGGCCAAGGUCCACCUCAUUGAUCUGCAGCUCUGCAACAGCAGUGACUGGUACGCAGGGGAAAUCCACCCCUACAACUUGUGUGCUGGUUACCCAGAGGGCAACAUCGACUCCUGCCAGGGUGACAGCGGUGGUCCUCUCAUGUGCCAGGACAACAACGCUGACUACUGGUGGGUCAUUGGACUAACCAGCUUUGGAACAGGCUGUGGCAGAGCAAGGCGGCCUGGAGUCUACACCUCCACUCAGUACUUCUAUGACUGGAUCGAUUACAACAUGCGUACAUUCACAGUUCAAAGUGCUUCUUGA